GUCAGAUGGAUACGCCCCUCCAAUCCAACGGCCACCAUUUGGCGCCACGGAUAAGACCGAAAACCUCUCAUAAGUCAUAAGAACAAUGUUUCCCCAACAAACCAAGCACCCUACCCGUUCUGCUAGCCUCACCCACUUACGCACCGGCGCAGUUUAGCCCGAACCCAUGACUACCGCCGCCGCUGCCGCCACAUCGUCCUUCAUGGGCACCCGGCUGCCCGACGUGUACUCUAAUUCGGGCCGGGUCCACGCCCGAUUCGGGUUCGGACGCAAGAAGGCACCGCCCAAGAAGAGCGCCUUCAAGCCUGGGUUGGACCGCCCGUUGUGGUAUCCGGGAGCGAAAGCGCCGGAGUGGCUGGACGGGAGCUUGGUCGGGGACUACGGGUUCGACCCCUUCGGGUUGGGUAAACCCGCGGAGUACCUGCAGUACGACCUGGACUCACUGGACCAGAACUUGGCAAAGAACCUGGCGGGCGAUGUCAUCGGGACCCGGUUCGAGGGGUCCGACGUCAAGUCAACGCCGUUUCAGCCCUACACGGAGGUAUUUGGGCUGCAGAGGUUCCGGGAGUGUGAGCUCAUCCACGGGAGGUGGGCUAUGCUCGCCACGCUCGGUGCUCUUGCCGUUGAAUCGCUCACCGGAGUUACUUGGCAAGAUGCCGGAAAGGUGGAGCUAAUAGAAGGGUCAUCCUACCUAGGGCUACCCCUCCCAUUCAACAUAACGACACUUAUAUGGAUAGAGGUUCUGGUGAUCGGAUACAUUGAGUUCCAGAGGAAUGCUGAGCUCGACCCUGAGAAGAGGCUCUACCCUGGCGGCCCGUUCUUCGACCCUCUCGGCCUCGCUGCCGAUCCCGAGAAGAAGGCCACCCUUCAGCUGGCUGAGAUCAAGCACGCCCGCCUCGCCAUGGUCGGCUUCCUCGGCUUUGCCGUCCAGGCCGCCGCCACCGGAAAGGGCCCCCUCAACAACUGGGCAACCCAUUUGAGCGACCCUCUUCACACCACCAUUAUUGACACCUUCUUCUCCUCUUGAUGUAUAUAAUGAGUCUGCUGGCUAGCUACCAACCUAGCUAACUGCUUUGCCCACUGCCCAUCCUCCUUGUAUUUUGGCUGAGAACCUAAAUGUUAUAUACAUAUAUAUAUAUUGCUUAAUUAAUUUCCUGCUAAAA